GAUGAACAAUAUAUUCGUGACAUGCUUCAUAGUUCGAUGGAGAUGCAGAAUCACUUCCAGAGAGCGGGGACAAAUGAUCCAUCGUAUCAUGUGAUGAUACUCCGUGGUGCCACGAUGGAACAAAUGGCUCUUUCAUGGCUCCGCGAAGAGAAAGCGACAGAGGCCUUGAGCUGGGCUGUGGAAGCGGACACCACACUUCAUUCAAACACCUCCGCGUUGCUGCGCCUUACAGCAACCGCAAAAGCGGGCAUGGAACCAGAGGCCAUUGUGCUACUCCACCAGUAUGUUCAACGAUCAGAUGUUUCCGUGGAUGACGCAGUGGCGGCGUGUUUUGAGCUUCACAAUCUUCUCGUGAGCAGAAAAGACGGUUCCAUUGAGGGCAUGCGUUUGCUUUACAAGAAAACCAAAGGCAAUACAUGCAGUGAAAGCGUUCUCUUUCGGUUUGUUCAACUUUUACUCCAUAAUGGGAGUCUUGCCUCAUGUAAAGAGGCGCUACAGAUUUUACAGAAUGAAGGUAUAGACUUUGAAGAGACUCGAUACCGCCGCUAUUGUUUUGUGUGGCUUUGGGAACUGGCGGAUAUGGCUGGGUUUUCCCCCUUGCAAAUUGUGGAAUGCCUUGAAUCGGCUUUGCAAUUUAAAGAUUGUGCCAGUGAAGCCGAGGUUGAUGCCAUAUACCUUCGUCUCUGCACAGAAUAUAUCACACAAUCCGAGGGUGGGGGACAAACAUCUGUCGUGUUAAUGAAGGCAAAGAACAUUCUUGUGGAUUAUGCCUCACAUCGAAACCCAAAAUGCGUCUUUGCUCACAGUUUGCUGAUUAAGAUUGCGGUUCUAGAGUCCAACGAGGCGGAAUUGGAAAAGGAACUGAAUUUGCUGUUACUGUGUGAGCCGACCGAAUUGGUAAUGCCUGCUCUCUGUACAGCCAUUAAUUACUCCCUGAGAAUUGGUUACCUUCCCGGUGUGUCUCUGGUGAUCACUCGAGCCGUGUUUUUCUCAGCUCCCGUGCCUGACCCUUCAACAGAGCUUGAGUUGCUACGGGUGUACGUGGCUUCUUUGCUCAGUAAAGCCUGUAACUGCACAGAUGAUCAACUGCGUGUGGUUACAGAGCGUUUUCGGAGUUUACUUUCGGACGAAUGUGCCACGAUAUCUUUAUCUCAUGAGGAAGUGAGUUGGUGGGCGCAGGCGUUUCUUGUGCUUGGUUUAGAGUUCACAGUUGGUCCUGGUCCCACUAGUGUUUAUUUGUUUCGCGCGGCCACGUUCAUUGCUCUACAAGAUCCCGUCCCCGGUGAAGUUCCAUCACGCACAUUCCUCAUUUCGGGACUUCUAUGUACGUUAGAGGAUGAGUUUCAACUCUUUUCAACUGGUAUUCCACAAAUUGAUUCUUGUGAGUUAGAGGAGCAUUUGCGUUUGUGUAAAGAAUUUGUCUCAUCUCUGCCUGAGGUAAAUUACCGUCUGACGGUCUUGCUGUCUCAGGCGGAGCGACAUCUUCGUCAGCCUUCUUCAGAGACACCAGAGCAAAUACAGAGAAUUUUGGAUGAAUUGUCCAAUAUAAGUGUGACGUUUGAGGACUACGAGGCAAUAGCGAACGGAGCAUCCUUUAUUGCUUUGAAAUACGCGUCGGAACAUCCUUUCCUCCACGGAGUUACCAUAAAACUUUAUAUGCAAGCUGUGUCAGUGGCAAUGAAUGAGAUUUCUACCUCCAUGAAAGAUGCUGACAACAAUGCCGAAAAAUGUUUGGAGUACAUUACAGAUGCUUUUUCGUGUCUUUAUAAAUGUUUUACACUUGCUUUUGAUCGCACAGAACAAUUGACUGUGGUGCAGCGGCUUAUGGAAAUACUUUCACUAGCUGUGGAGGACGUGACAGUCGCUUCCCUCAUCAAGGAUUACCAUUCAAAUACAGUGCGGACGGUUAAUAAUCAUCCCUUGUCUUUUGCGCGGCUGUUUCUUGAAUACUUUACAGUGGAAGCAUGGAACAAUUCCGUGUUUUACCUUCAUCUUACCGAGACAGUAAAACAGACACAGUGGGUCCAUGUCGCCUGGACGCUAGUGGAUAUUUUGCCCGAGACAAGUAGCGUUGCCUCGGCUUUGCACGCGUUGAAGGCCAUUACAUCUGUUUAA